CAAAAAAUCGGUGCCUCAUUUCUUGUGUGUAUGAUUAGAUUCUCCGCAAAAUCAGCUUUCCCUUUGCUACUAACUUUUCCACAUACGUUCCUUUCUUGUCACCUUUCUCAGGCAGCUUUUUGAAACCCUUCUCAAUCUUUUUAAGAACCAGAUAGAAGAACAAAGAUACCAUUACAGCAAGACAUGGGUCGCAAUAAUUCUGGGAAUUCGAAUAAUUUUCUCCAAGUUGUGGCUAGCAACUUUGAUGUUCUUGCUUUGCCUCUGAUCACACUGGUUUAUCCCCUAUAUGCUUCGAUUAAGGCGAUAGAGACCAAGUCUCGCACCGAUGAUCAACAAUGGCUUACCUAUUGGGUUCUGUAUUCUUUGAUGACAAUCUUUGAGCUCACAUUUGCCAAAGUCCUUGAAUGCUUUCCCAUUUGGCCGUAUGCCAAGUUGAUUUUCACGUGCUGGUUGGUGCUGCCACAAUUCAAUGGAGCAGCGUAUGUUUAUCGGCACUUUAUCAGACCCUACUAUAUGAACCCACCAUCACCUCAUCAGAUGUGGUAUAUCCCAAGGAAGAAGAACAUCUUCAGCAAACCGGAUGACGUUUUAACUGCUGCUGAAAAAUAUAUGGAAGAGCAUGGCACAGAAGCUUUUGAAAGGCUCAUAACCAAGGCUGAUAGAGAAGCAAGAAGCAGGAAGAGCCACAAUUACAUGAUCUUUGAUGAUGAUUAUAUGUACUGAAUCAGUGCAUUGUCUGUCUUAAUAAUUUGGUUUAUAGUUUAUUUAUGUUGAAUGCUGUCUCUACUGAACCUAUUUCGUAUGCUACAUAUAUCUUUAAUAUCAUGAGAUGGAAUUGAGUGUUAACUAAGCACGCAA